AACAACUCUCCCACGGCAUGAAGUACGCGCUGAGAAAGCACCUUAUCGGUUGUUAUGGAAACACUAUUGGACCGAUUAUUAUAAGCGUGCAGUUUUAAUCGCUUUUUGAUUUUUGGGCUGGCUCUGAGAUAGAGGUGAAAACAUUUAACGGUAACAUUCCUGACAUUUUCCAAGUCUGUUUAGCGUUCUGUGGGUCGUGUUACACUAGACUGACAAACUAAAAUAGCUGUCAUCACCUUAUACGGGUUUAUAUAAUCAAGGAAAUAACAAAUCGAAACUCAGUUCCUCUGCGGGCCCAGUGAAAAACGGUACAAACAUGAUUGGCUGCAAGCAAGUUUUUAUUUUCCUGAUAAUCUUAACAGCCGCGACUAAACUUUCUCUCGCGAAACCAGUUUUCAAGUUUCCUGCUGAAACGGACAAAAUUGAAAACCGUCCCAAGAUUGAAUCUAGGAGCGAGUUCCCGGAUGAGUCUGCUGGUGGCGUCACUGAGGAAACCAUUAAUCAACUAGAGAAUGAAUAUAAAGCUGGAUCCGCCAACAAAAGUAAUGACGCAGAAAACAACCCUCAAGAAACUCAAAUAGCCGUGGAAGACAAUGAGUUAGCCAGACGGUUUGUUUACGGACAAUACGGAGGUAAAAGAAAAGUCGACAGUGAAGGUGAAAUUGGGCACAACAAACGAUUUGUGUAUGGCGCCGGUAAACGGUUCGUUUACGGAGGCAAAAGAACAACGGACAAUCAAGGCGAGAAGGAGGAUAAUAAACGGUUCGUCUACGGUGGGAAACGGUUCGUCUACGGCAGAAAACGAUUUGUUUACGGAGGCAAAAAAACAACGGACAAUGAAGGCGAAAAUGAGAACAACAAACGGUUUGUUUAUGGAGGAAAACGAUUCGUUUACGGUAGAAAGCGGUUUGUUUACGGAGGCAAAAAAACAACGGACAAUGAAGGCGAAAAUGAGAACAACAAACGGUUUGUUUAUGGAGGAAAACGAUUCGUUUACGGUAGAAAGCGGUUUGUUUACGGAGGCAAAAAAACAACGGACAAUGAAGGCGAGAAUGAGAACAACAAACGGUUUGUUUAUGGAGGAAAACGAUUCGUUUACGGGGGCAAAAGAACAACAAACAGCGAAGAUGUAGAAGACAGUGAAAAACGUUUUGUUUAUGGUGGAAAACGGUUCGUUUACGGUGGUAAAAGAGCGGCGAACACAGAGGAGAAAGAAGAUGUAGACAACAAGAGGUUUGUCUAUGGAGGCAAACGAUUCGUCUACGGCGGCAAACGUGAAGAGACCACUGAAGAUGAACCCUCUAAUUACUGGGAAAGACGACGUGAAAAUUAUGAAGACACUGAGGAUGAUGCUCAAGUUGAAUUGCUCAAAGAAUUACGCGAAUAUUUCUCUAAAAGGCAACACGACAAGAGGAAUUCAGCGACAACGUCUCGAAAGGAAGAAACUUGGGAUGUACAGCGUGUCUCCGAAGACAUCAAUGAAUCGGUGGCCCAGGAGUCAGAUGGUACCGAGUCCUGAGCACGAGCCAGAUUACGCGCUACGAGCCAUAGAAUAACAUGCUAAACCGAGGGUAGUGUAUCUGAUUUAGCCCAAGUAGGGCAUCGGCUAUGACUUGAUUUAAAGUCAUAGUUAUUAACCAUUCUUCAUUUUGUUGAUUUCAUAAGCCCAUAAAUAAUUUGUCCCAAACACUUUUAAGUCACGUCUUAAAAGACGUGACUGUAUUCGCACCGGAUAGACUAACGUACGAAUGUGCUCCGACUAAGCACGAUCGUGUACCGAUUGAGUACAAACAUACUCCGAUCGAGUACGAACUUGCACCGAUCGUGAACGAACGUGCGCGGAGCGUGUUCUAGCAUGUGCAUUUUGAGUACGAACUGAUUUAGUUAUAGAAGCCUUCUCGCUCUACCCAUGAUUCAUUGUUUGAUUGAAAGGGUGAGUCAAAUCAUGUGUCUAUUCUUAUUCGGCUAUUAGUACUGUGGCAUAUUUUCAGCCUUUGGAAAAACUUGAAAAGCCUUUAAUGACGAAAGCAAUAAGUAAUCAAUCUCCUGUGGGGAAAUGAUUUGGGCCUUGUUGAUAUUAUUUACUUUCACACUAAUAGGCUUCAAAUCUGGCAUCUCUGACUACCGCACAACUGUCAAAUAUAUAGGAUGUGCACCCAGAUAAAUUAAUUCGUGCAUCCAAAUAGGGAUGCAUGCUGUAUAGUAGAUUUUUCUGUGAUUUGGUUGCAUGAUAAUAAGGCGAAGGAAGGGGGAAGGGGUGGGGGAAAAUGAUUAAGAGGGGAUGGGUAGGCAACUGUGCUAAAAGCAUGGCAUUCUGUGUUCAUCGCUUUGUUACCCGUUACCUUAACCAAUCAAAAUUAUAAAAUUCUUAUAUGGAGUGCAUGCAUAUGCACUGAAUUGAUUUAUAUGUUCCCAGAGCACAGCUAUGUGUCCACGAAAUACAUAAAUGUACAAUUUUGAAAUAGAAAUGCAACAUUGUGAUUAUUUUCACUAUGAAUGUACUCAUGCAUAUUACUUAAUAAAGGUAUUUGUGUCAAUAAAA